AUCCGGUUUUCAUCUCGUUCUCCCUUUAGGUUCCGAGAUCAGACCAAGCUAGCUAGUUAGCUAAUAGCUAACUAACGUUUAGCCGUAUUUCUUUUACUUUUCCACGGUUAUUACACGGUCUGUUUAAACGGGAUAUUAUUUAUCGACGAUUAUCCGUCCGACACCGUUUUCUUUCUCUCCGCUCCCGGAGAAAACAGCUGAGCCAUGUACAAUGGGAUUGGCCUGACAACUCCGCGGGGCAGCGGCACGAAUGGCUAUGUGCAGCGCAACCUGUCCAGCCUGCGAGUCAAGCGGCCGCGGGACGAGCGCGGCGGCGAGCGGGACGAGAAGGACCGGGAGAGGCUGGAGAGCCAGCUCAACAGACAGCCCAACGCCGACAUCCUGGAGCACCAACGCAAGAGGCAGCUGGAGGUCAAGUGUGCCGAGCUGCAGGACAUGAUGGAGGAGCAGGGGUAUUCAGCUGAGGAAAUCGAGGAGAAGGUGAACACUUUCCGUAUGAUGCUCCAGGAGAAGGAGGAGCCGGCUCCCGUCACCGCUGACAGACCAACGGCCACAGAGACUCAUGCUCUGGCUGCAGCCAACCAGCAGAAGAACGACCGUCUUCGUGCUGCGUUCGGCAUCUCCAGCGACUAUGUGGACGGGUCGUCCUUCCACGCCGACCGCAAGGAGAGAGAGAAGGAGAAGAAAGAGCAGGAGCGCCUGGAGAGGGAGAGGCAGCAGAAAUAUACGUUGGUGGAAGAUUCAGAUCAUUCCGAUUCUCCUCCCAAGAAGCGCAGUCGGAAGAAGAAAAAGAAAAACAAGAGCAGAGACAGCUCAGAGAGUCAGUCCCCGUCUCCUCGACGAGAGAAGAAGAAAUCCAAAAAGAAGAAAAAGAAACGUGAGAUGUCAGAAGAAGACGACGACGACAGUUCUUCAGAUGAGAAGCAGCAGGAGUCCAAGAAGAAAACGAAGAAGAAUCAAAGUCCAAGUCCUCCGAAAGCAAAGGCAGCGCGACACAGAAGCGCCUCCUCCAGCUCAGCUCACAGCCAGUCUCCAGCUCCACUGAGAUCACGUCAACAGGACCAAACUGCAAGAAACGCUGAUGAAGUAAGACAGGGGAGAUCACCAGAAAGGAGACGAGGAUACGAGGAGAGCAAACCACCUCAUCAGGGAGGAGACGGGAAGAGGCCCAAUCUUGAGAGAGAAAAGGAGCGGCCGAGUGACAUGGAGAAGACCUCCAAGAGGAGACAUGACUCUUCAUCCCCUUCUCCUCCACCACCUCCACCGUCGGAACAAAGCAGGGAGAGGAAGAAAGGGAGGCGUUCCAGAAGCAGAGAGGUGGAGAAAAGGAGGCGUUCGAGGAGCAUGGAAAAGGAGAAGGAGAGAGGAAGGAGCCCCCGAAGCAGAGAGAUGGAGAAAGGAAGGCGAUCGAGGAGCAGAGACAACGAGAGGGAGAGAGGGAGGCGUUCAAGGAGCAGAGAAAAUCAGAGAGGGAGGCGUUCAAGGAGCAGAGAAAGGAGGGACAAAGGAAAGGAGAGUGUUCCUCAGAGGACCAGGCAUGACUCUUCUUCAUCCCGUUCUCCUUCUCCUCCCAAACAGGAGACUAGGAGGGAAAGGAGCAGAGACACUGAGCGGGAAAAAGACAGGAAUAAACCGGACAAACAGACGAUACAUGACUCCUCAUCCCCCUCGCCUCCCCCUGUGAAGGAGAGAGCUAGGAGAGAGAGGAGUGGCGAGAGGGAGCGCUGGACUGAGAGAGGUCCAGACUCCAGGGCGACAAAUGAAAUGGACACCAGGAGAGACGUCGGUAAGAGACAGGAGAAAGAGGCGUCUCCUCCUCAACAGAAACACGACAGGAGGAGGGAUGGAGGACAGACCUCACCUGCCUCCCGCUCACCUGUCACCAACGGACGUCAGAGAGGGAGGGACGACGAGAGGAGGAGAGGAAAAGAGAGCGAGAGCAUCAAGGAGAAGGACCGGCAUCCGACCAAGCAGAGGGAACAAGACAGAGAGCGAGCUCAAGAAGGCAGCCGGAAGAGAGACGAGGAUGUCUGGUCCACUGCAGAAAGUAGGCGGGAUGGAUCGAGACCCGCAGAGAAAGGAGGGAGCGUCAGACCAGAAACGAAGGAGAGGCCGGAGAAGACAAGGAGCCCUCUGAGGAAGGAGAAACGUGAGGACAAGGAGAAGCAGGCUGAGAAGAAACGAGAGAGCAGCAGCAGCAGUGGUAGUAGUAGUAGUAGCAGCAGUGGCAGCAGCAGCAGCAGCGAUAGUGACAGUGAUAGCUCCUCCUCCUCAUCUUCCUCUUCAUCCUCGUCCUCUGAAGAUGAGGGCAAGAACAAGAAGGAUGGGUCAGAAGGAGUGGAAAAAAGUAGCCCCUUGAAAAGUGCACCGUCCGCCAUUGGAGCUGCAGUUGAAAGGUAUUUAGCCAACGGCAGAAAAGAAAGCCCCGUCUCUGCUUCUGAGGGCGACGGGCCUCGACGAGCUCGGAGAGAGAGAGACGGGGGAGGAGGGGGAGACAAAAGGGAGAAGGAAAGAGCUCCUGCAGAGAGCAUAAAGGGUCAGGAGCGUUAUAGCCCCACACAGAUGGACAGCCCCAGUCCUCCUCCAUCCCCACCCAACAGAGCAGACGUCUGCAGAGGCGGCAACAGGUCCUCCACCUCUGAGGCCGAGGCGGAGAAGACCAGGGUGGAGGCCAAAGCCAGGAGGCCUGCAAGUUCCAGCUCCUCGUCCAGGAGGCCUGCAAGUUCCAGCUCCUCGUCCAGGAGGCCUGCAAGGUCCAGCUCCUCAGCCAGGAGGUCACGCUCUCCGCCCAAAAAACCCGCCUCCCCAGCACGUCGCACUCCACCGAGGCAGUAUCAGGAACCACCGCCCAGAUCCAGGAGACCUUCUCCUCCUCCGGCCUGGUCAGACAGAGAGAGGGAGAGGCAGAGAGACAGAGAGAGGGAGAGAGACAGAGAGAGAGACAGGGAGAGAGCCAGAGAACGUGAGCGGGUUGCCGGUAGGGCCAGGUCCAGAAGCCCAAGAAGACGCAACAGGUCCAGGUCUAGAAGUCCGAGGAGGCAAAGCCCCCCCAACAGGUCUCGGCGCUCUCCCUCUCCUCAGAGACGAAGGAGGAGCAGCCGCUCCCUCUCCAGAGAGAGAGCCAGAGAAAGGGACCACGAGAGGACCAGGCAGAGGGAGGUGGAACAAGAGAGAGAGAGGGUAAAGGAGCCUCUCCUCCCAAAAGAUGUCCCCCCACCACCACCACACAGGUCCUCCUCUUCCUCUUCCUCCUCCAGCUCCUCCUCUUCCUCUUCCUCCUCUCCUUCGCCACAGCGAGAGAGGAAAGACACAAAAGUCCUUCCAGAGACUCCUCCCAUGCCCCCCCCCUCAGGUCGGAGGGGCUCCCAGUCCGACUCCAGGUGCCCAGAUGUUCCCUCCAGAAGGUCUCCUCCGGCCGCCGGCCCGCCAGAAACCAAACCUUCGUCUUCAUCACGAGGUCCGAGCAGGAAGCGGUCGCCGGUGACGACUCCUCAACCUCCAGAACAACCGGUCAGAAGUGAGAGCGCCGUGAACGGGAAGGAGGCGAGCGCCAACAAGAAGGCCACUAGGAGCAGCAGCUCCAGCUCUUCUUCUUCCUCCUCAUCCUCUUCUUCAUCCUCCUCUUCAUCCUCCUCGUCAGACAGCUCAGACUCCGAGGUGGAGCAAGGAAAAGGGAAGACGGUCAAAGCUCAAAGCUCUCCUUCAUCAUCCUCAUCGGAGAAUGAAAAGGAAAGUAAGAAGAAGAGCCCCGCCGCCGUUCCUCGGAGGGUUCCCGCUGACUCGCUGAGAGAUUCCCGCUCGCUCAGCUAUUCUCCCCCAAAGUACAUGAGGGCAGCGCCGCUGUCGCCGAGCCGCAGGACUGACAGCAGGCCGUCACCGAGCCGCUGGUCAGACAGCAGAAAGAGGAAAUGAAGCCUCAGCCUGAGCUGCUGCUCUCCUCCUGUGUGCUUUCUCUGGUUUGAACGUCUCAGCCAGCGUAAAGAUGAACCUCUGUGUGGGGCUCACAACCGAAACCAGACCCCCGGCACUCAGCUAUCAACUUGUUUGCUUUUUAAGCAGCGGUGACCCGAGGCUGGCGUGUACAUCUUUUUUAUGAGCUGAAUAUAGAAAAGUCUCUCUCUCUCUCUCUCUCUCUCUCUCUCUCUCUCUCUCU